CCCACCAAGCUCGUCCACGAGCCUUCUGCUGCGCGUCCAUGAGCCUGUCGAUGCGCGUCGCCGUUCCUGCGGAACUCAGGAGGCUGAACUCGGGACUCCCAAAAACUCCUUCCUAGAAAAUUAUGAACAACAAAUUCGAUGCUUUGAAAGACGAUGAUAGUGGAGAUCACGACCAGGAACAAGGCUCACCGAAAGACAUCGAAAAGGAAAAAUCUGAAGAAAACGACGACAAAGAACAGAACAUUAUCAAGAAAAAGAUGGUGGUUCCAGGGCCUGGAGAACACCCUCUUCAGUACAACUACACUUUCUGGUACUCGAGGCGAACUCCAGGGAGACCAGCCAGCACUCAGAGUUAUGAGCAGAACAUCAAACAGAUCGGCAGCUUUGCUUCGGUGGAGCAGUUCUGGCGUUUCUAUAGUCACAUGAUCCGACCCGGUGAUCUGACCGGUCACAGUGACUUCCAUCUCUUUAAAGAAGGCAUUAAGCCCAUGUGGGAGGAUGAUGCCAAUAAAAUGGGUGGAAAGUGGAUCAUUCGUUUAAGGAAAGGCCUGGCGUCCCGGUGUUGGGAGAACCUCAUCCUGGCCAUGCUGGGGGAGCAGUUCAUGGUUGGAGAGGAGAUCUGUGGGGCUGUGGUCUCAGUACGUUUCCAGGAGGACAUAAUUUCUAUCUGGAACAAAACUGCUAGUGACCAAGCGACCACAGCCCGCAUCAGAGACACCCUGCGCCGAGUCCUCAACCUGCCUCCCAACACCAUCAUGGAGUACAAGACGCAUACAGACAGCAUUAAGUAUAGCAUGGGAAGACUUCCAUGGGCUGGUGAAUGCUAGUGGUGGACGUUAGCACCCCCCCUCACACAAUCUGCUCUGCCAAGAGUUUGUGUGUAUAUGUGACCUGUUGGGGGGUGAACGGACCCGGGGCAGGAUACCUCUGCGUGGGUUGGCACUGCGUAACGUGAAGACGGAGCAAAAGCCAGCAGGAACAGAGGCUCGAAGACCGUUCCCUAAUUCUGUCAAAUUGGAUGGGAAUGGGAAGACCUGACAGCAGAACAGUGAAGCGAACUGAAGAGAGAAGUAUUUUAAUCAACCAGGGAGGAAAAACAAAAGGCUUUAUUUUGAAUCCCUUUCUUUUUUUUAUUGCAAGUUGUAACAUCUGUGAACUUGCCACUAGAGGGCGACUGUGUGACCUGCGUGUCUGGUCAUUUGCUGUUGACAAAAAUACAACAAAUCAGUCUGAUACAAAACUAUACCACCUAUAGAUUGACAAACAUCGCACAAACUUAAAAUAAGUCUGUGUUCAUGAGUUUGGUUGGGACUUGGACAAGAUGUUGGACAAUGUUUUAUUACAGUGUUGUAUUUUAAUAACGUUUCCUUUGGUUGUUCGGAACUUGAACUGAUAUAUUAC